GAGGGGCGCGGCGCGGCUCGUCGUGGGGGCGGGGCUACGCGUGGGUGACGUGGCGGUGUCCACUCUGAGGUCUGGUGUGCGCUGCUUCGGCGCCAGGAGGCGGCGGCAAACGCCCAGGAGAUUGCGGCGGCGGCGGCGGCGGUGAGGAGGUCCGAGCUGAUGCGGCCCAAUGAUCCCGCGGAAACGCUACGGGGCUAAGAAUACGGAUCAGGGCGUCUACCUGGGGCUCUCGAAGACACAGGUCCUGUCCCCUGUCCUGCCCCCUGCCACUGCGGGCGCAGGCCGCAGCGACGUCGCGCCCGCACCCCCGCCCGCGGCGCCGGCCCCGCCCCCGCCCGGCACCAUGUCCUGCAGGGACCGGACCCAGGAGUUCCUGUCCGCCUGCAGGUCGCUGCAGAGCCGGCAGAAUGGAAUCCAAACAAAUAAGCCAGCUCUGUGUGCUGCCCGACAGCGCAGCGAAUUCACCCUUAUGGCCAAGCGCAUUGGAAAAGACCUCAGCAACACAUUUGCCAAACUGGAGAAGCUGACAAUCUUGGCAAAGCGCAAGUCUCUCUUUGAUGAUAAAGCGGUAGAAAUCGAGGAGCUAACGUACAUCAUCAAACAGGACAUCAAUAGCCUCAACAAGCAAAUUGCUCAGCUUCAGGAUUUCGUGAGGGCCAAGGGCAGCCAGAGUGGCCGACACCUGCAGACACAUUCCAACACCAUUGUGGUCUCGCUGCAGUCAAAGUUGGCUUCCAUGUCCAAUGACUUCAAAUCGGUGUUAGAAGUGAGGACAGAGAACCUGAAGCAGCAGAGGAGCCGGAGGGAGCAGUUCUCCCGGGCCUCUGUGCCCGCCCUGCCCCUCGCCCCCAACCACCUGGGUGGUGGCCCUGUGGUUCUGGGGGCUGAGUCCAGCACCUCCCAGGAUGUGGCCAUCGACAUGGUGGACGCACGCACCAGCCAGCAGCUGCAGCUCAUUGAUGAGCAGGAUUCCUACAUCCAGAGCCGGGCAGACACCAUGCAGAACAUUGAGUCCACGAUUGUCGAGCUGGGCUCCAUCUUCCAGCAGCUGGCGCAUAUGGUGAAGGAGCAGGAGGAGACCAUUCAGAGGAUCGACGAGAAUGUGCUGGGAGCUCAGCUAGAUGUUGAGGCUGCCCACUCCGAGAUCCUCAAGUACUUCCAGUCAGUCACUUCCAACCGGUGGCUCAUGGUCAAAAUCUUCCUCAUCCUCAUCGUCUUCUUCAUCAUCUUCGUGGUCUUCCUGGCCUGACCCCUGUCCACUCAGAGGCGGUGCACGGGGCAGGGGCGCUGUGGCGACAGCAGGUGGCAAAGCUGCCGCUGAGCCUGUGUUGGGUGCUGUGGAGAAGGCCUCAACUCCCUGGACCUGCUCAGGGCAGCCCAUCCCUGACCCCACCCAUACCUCCUGCCAGCCUGCCCCCUCUUGCCACCCUGAGGCCCAUAAAACACACAUGGGUCUGGGUCCAGACUCUGCAGUGGCAGGAAGGGAGUGGGAGCUAGCUGGGGCCUGGUGGGGGCCGUGUCUCCCCUGGGAGAUUUUUAUAAAACCCUCCGUACCUCUCCAAGAAGAAACUUCAGCAGCAGAGGGAGGUGACGCCCCUCCUUGCCUUCGGAGGAGAAGAAGUGACAUGCCCCAGGGACCAACUUCCCCAUCUGGGCUAGAACUUUCGACUUCCUUCCUCUCCUCACUGUGCAUGAGGCAGGGCCUCAGAGCCCUCCCUGUCUGCACAGCCCGACACCUACCAGCCGCUGUGACUCAGUCUGCGUGCUGUGGCCGGUUUCCUCCCAAUUACAGCGAGACUGUCAGCCUCAA